AGGGCAGCCGGAGUUUUGUGUGUGCUUUGGGCCUGGGUCCCUCCUGGGAUUGUGUGCCGGUCACAACUUCUGAAGUGACCUGGGACCUGCUUCUGUGACGCUGACCUUCAGCCCGGUCCAAAGGUUCGCUGGGCUGAUUCAUCGCUGGCCCUGGGUCUGCCAGCCACUGCCCUUCAGCCAUGGCGCCCAGCGCAUUCCUCCUGCCGCUGCUGCUGCUGCUGCUGGCUUCUCCUGCCGGCACCCGGCGCCCCAGGAAGCGGCCGCCUCCGGAGAACCCCAUCGACAAGAUCAGGGCCCAGGAGAACUUCGACGCUGCCCAGUUUGCAGGCAAAUGGUUCCUGGUCAGCGUGGCUGCCCGGUGCGCCCACCUGAGCGAGAACAGCGACAACCUCGAAGCCACAAACAUCGUGGUCUCCGUGCCCAGCACCCGGGCCCUUCCCGCGGGCUUGCUGGUGGACACCUUCCGCCCACUGGACGGCCACUGCUGGAACAUCAAGCAAAUGUACUUCCCCACCAAGACUCCGGGCCGGUUCCAGCUGAAAGCAGGCCGCAGGAAGCUGGUCGACGUGGUGGUGCAGACGGACUACAGCAGCUAUGCCAUCCUGUACUACCAGAAGGACCGCAAGAUCUCGGCAAAGCUUUAUGGGCGAGCCGUCCGGGUCAGCGACGCUGUCAUGGCCACCUUCGAGCAGCGCGUGGCCGCCGUGGGCAUGAAUGAGGACUCGAUCUUCUACUUCCCCGUCUACGGCUUCUGUGACUCGGCCGACCAGUUCCACUUGCUGGAUGACACCAAGUAUACCGGGAGGAUGUGAAGAGGCCCGUGCGGGAUGGCGCACCCUCUGCCCCGUCUGGCCCUUCCUCACGCGGACACCCAAGACCUGCCGGCCUCACCAAUAAAGUGGAUUCAAGAA